CGUAACAGCAAGAACAACUAUCAUUUCACGUUCGGGACGAAACGGCAGAUCAACAGCUAAGAAGCACACGAUAUGAUGCAUGCAAGAAUCGUUUGUCGGAAGGCUCGAUCACSGGUCGUCUUCUAUUCAACUUCGGCGUCUUUGCCGGGUCCAUCAUCUUCGACUUCCGCUUUUAUGGAAGCAAUGACAACUGUUCCGUCACAACGGGAAAGCCCGAAUUCGAUUAAAAAUGCAAACCCAACAACAAAAGAACCAGAUACAAAACAUAAGCGCCCUUUUUCUUCCGUCGCUGUAUAUCACCACUACGAUGACGUUGAUGACCAGCACUAUGAUAACACUGACUUGGACAACUUUCUGGACAACGUGAAUAGAAACUAUGACUCAACAACAGCAAACGCUACACAAACACGUUAUCAGCACCGAUAUUCACAUGUAAGCGCACAAAAUCUGAACAAGUUGAACAUUGGGAAUGCAAACUCGGCUGCAAACGGUAGUUGCUGUUAUUCUCUUAACAAUACGAACAACAUACCUCGUUUUCCGUGCGGAAACAAUCACCACGAGGACGAGGUGAACGAUCUCCCUCCGGCCCUAGAAGAACCAAAAUACUCGGUGCACAAACGAGUCCUGCCGGCCCAGCUGACCGCCUUUUCAUCGCAACAGGGAAAGCGAUACCUGAUGGAGGCCUUUGCUGAAGGGACGGCGGAAUCCUAUUGGAAGCUCACGGAGCAUUUCGUCAACCAAUCGGAUCCUGCCUUUUGCGGGGUAACCACCCUAUUGAUGUGCCUCAAUGCCAUGUGCAUCGACCCUAACAUCCGAUGGCGGGGCGGCUGGAGAUUUUACGGAAGCGAAGACGUCCUCCUAAACCGAUGUUGUUUCAGUGCGGAACGCAUUCGUCGCCAGGGAAUCGUCCUAGAAGAUUUUGCCCGCUUGGGACGAUGCCACGGGCUCACCAUCGACCUCAAACGCCCAGUUGUCAAAGACCAAGAACUGGAUCGGUCUAAGAACAACGACAGCAGCUUUCUUGAGAGCGACUGCAAACGCAACGAAGGGGACGAAUCGUUUUCCCUCGAGGAUUUUCGAAACGACAUUCGUUUGAUACUCUCGAACACGAAAGCGAGACAUCAACCCAUAUUAGUUGUUUCGUUCUCGAGGUUUGCACUAGGACAGACCGGGGAUGGUCACUUUUCUCCUAUCGCAGCCUAUCACGAAAAAACUGAUCAGGUAUUGGUCCUGGAUGUUGCUCGCUUCAAGUAUGCCCCCUAUUGGGUUGGGGUUGAGGAACUCUAUAAGUCGAUGAGAGAGGCGGACUCCGUCACCCAAAAACCAAGGGGCUGGUUCCUCUUGGCGCCUCCGAAGAAUCACGAUUGUAUAGACGAUGAGAACGGAACAGAAGACCGACGACCGAUUGAGGUCGUUCCUAAGUUGGGGGACCCGGAAAUUUGUCCGGUCUCUGACAUCAAGGUUCAUUUUUGCAAAGGAAACUUACAACCUGUUGCGUGAUACGAAUGGCAUCUCUCUGUAGGACAAAAAUGCAUUUGCUUUCCUCAGUCGUUGAAGUAAUUAUUUCCGAGAAGAUAUCUAACUAGCAGCAAACAGUCAUGUACAAUAUUUCCUACCUACCGUACAUAGUCUAGCAAUCGUGCAAUAGCCAACAAGGAUCAUUGCGAUUUCUCCUUUGUUCGUGGGACAGCUUAUUGGCUCAGGGGAUAGACUUAGCAGCCCAACAUAUGUUCAACAUUUCUCAAACUACCACUUUUUGGUCUCAAACUACCUGCCCUCCUUGAAUAAUGACAAAGGGCCCUCUAAGUUGUGUUACAUCCUGUCCAAAGUAAUAAUGUACAGUUUGCAUCUCAAGGAUUCCCUUGGGUUCAAUUUUGGACAAAUAUGGAUGCUACUUUUUAGGUUGCAUUCAUCAAAUAAAGUAAUGUUCAGCUU